AUGUUUCGUCGUAUAUUAUCAAUCCAAUCAUCAUCGAAACAAAUCUAUACAAUAAUAAAAAAACUUUCUCAAAACUCACUUACCAAUUCUUCUACACAAACACCACUUUUUCAAUUGUAUAUACAACGUCAUGAUAUUAAUAAUGCUUAUCGUUUAUUUUUGACAAUAACUAAUAAAUCCAGUUGUAUCUAUGCAACUAUGAUUAAAGGUCUCAUUUCAAAUAAUAUGUUAGAUAAAGUACUUGAUUUAUUUGAUGAAAUGAAAAUUCAACCUAGUCGCAUUAUUCUCAUUAUGUUAUUUAGUGUUUGCGCUCGAAUUAAUAAUGAUCGAGCAAAACAAACUGGAAGAAAAUUUCUUAAUGAAAUGUCAGGAGAUUUUCUAAAUGAUAAUAUUCUACUUACUGCAGCAAUAAAUAUGUUAAUGAAAUUUGGUGAUGUUAAAAAUGCUGAAGAUCUUUUUCAAACAGUAAAGAAGAAGGAUAUUGUCACUUAUAAUGCUAUGAUGAAAGGAUACACAUUAAAUAAAAUGUGUGAUAAAGCAUUAGAUGUAUUUGAACAAAUACAAUUAAAUCUCAGUAAUGUCAGUUAUACGAUUAUUUUCAAUACAUGUGCUCAACUUUCAAAUGAUCGUGCAAAACAAAUUGGAAGAAAGCUUCUAAAUGAAAUACCUGAGAAAUUUAACGAAAAUAAUUAUAUUCAAAAUUCAGCUAUAGAUAUGUUAAUGAAAUUUGGUGAUGUUAAAAAUGCCGAAGAUCUAUUUCAGAUAAUAAAGAAAAAAGAUAUUAUUACUUAUGGUGCUAUGAUGAAAGGAUAUACGUUAAAUAAUAUGCAUGAUAAUGUAUUAAAUUUACUUGAACAAAUACAAGUAAAUCUCAGUAAUAUCAGUUACACGAUUAUUUUCAAUGCAUGCGCUCAACUUUCAAAUGAUCGUGCAAAACAAAUUGGAAGAAAACUUCUAGAUGAAAUGCCUAAGAACUUUAAAGAGAAUAAAUAUAUUCAAAGUUCAGCAAUCGAUAUGUUAAUCAAAUUCGGUGAUGUUAAAAAUGCCGAAAAGUUAUUUCAGAUAAUAAAGAAAAAAGAUAUUAUAACUUAUAAUACUAUGUUGAAAGGAUAUACAUUAAAUAAAAUGUGUGAUAAAGCAUUAGAUUUAUUUGAACAAAUACAAUUAAAUCUUGAUGAUAUUAGUUAUACGAUUAUUUUCAAUGCAUGUGCUCAACUUUCAAAUGAUCGUGCAAAACAAAUUGGAAGAAGACUUCUAGGUGAAAUGCCGAAGAACUUAAAAGAGAAUAAAUAUAUUCAAAAUUCAGCUAUAGAUAUGUUAAUGAAAUUUGGUGAUAUAAAAAAUGCUGAAAUUUUAUUUAAAAUGUUUGAAAAAAAGGAUAUUAUUACUUAUGGCGCUAUGAUGAAAGGAUAUAAUAUAAAUAAUGAACCAUUAAAAAGUUUGGAACUUUUUGAAGAAAUGAAAAAAAAUGAGAUAAAAAUCGAUAAAAUUGUAUCAUUAAUAUUGAUUGAUACGUGUGCAAAAAUUGGUAUUCGUUCAAUAUGUGAAUCAACUGUUAAUCAAUUUCCAUCAGAUUUAUAUAAUAAUCAAUAUAUAUGUAAUGCAUUAAUUAGUAUGUGGGGAAAAGCUGGUCUAGUGAAAAAUGCUCAACAAAUAUUUGAAUCAGUUGAUCAACCUGAUGUUAUUACAUAUAAUGCAAUGAUUAAUGCAUAUGGAAAAAAUCGUAUGGGAUUAGAAGCUGUUGAUUUAUAUCGAAAGAUGCCUAAUAAUUUACGAAAUGAAAUUUCAUAUAUUUGUAUACUGAAUACAUGUUCACAUUCAGGUCUUCUUGACGAAGCUUAUUCAAUUUUCAAUGAAAUUUCUCAUAAAACGCAACAAGUUAUUACUACAAUGGUUGAUUGUUUAAGUCGUCUUUUUUUAUUUGAUGAAGCAAAACAACUCAUAGAAGACUAUGAAAAGUGUAAUGCACCAUAUUCAGUAAUGUAUAUGGCACUUCUAUCUGGUGCACGUAAUUCUCGACAAUCUCAUUUGUCACAAGAAAUCCAUAAACGAAUGCAAUUAUUAUUUCCAAAUGAAAAAAAUCAUUUAAUAUCUGCUUCAGUUCUUCUUUGUAAUAUAUCUUCAUCGUUAGGAGAUCAUGAAGAGGCACAAGCUCUUCGAUUAGAUCGAAUUAAAGAAUUCGGAAAUAAAGCUAAAGUAGGUUUAUCAUGGACUGAAGUUAAUGGGGAAGUAGUGCAAUUCACAGCUCAUGAUCAGUCUCAUCCUCGAUCAAAAGAAAUCUAUGCUGAGGCUCAACGAAUAUCAACUGAGCUAAUUAAAUAUGGGCAUGUUCAUGAUGCAAGUUGGAUUACGCGUCCAUUAGGCGAACAUGAAACAGCUGAAUCUGUUUUAUGUUCGCAUAGUGAAAGGUUGGCUAUAGCCUUCAAUUUUAUUGAAGGAAGAAAACCAUCUUUCAUUCAAAUCACGAAGAAUCUUCGUGUUUGCGGUGAUUGUCAUCAAGCCACAAAAUUAAUUGCCAAAAUUCGGCAAGUGGAAAUUGUGGUUCGUGAUGCUAGUUGCAUUCAUCACUUCUCGACGAAUGGCACAUGUUCAUGUCAAGACCAUUUUUAG